AUGUCCUACAGAGAUUUGAGAAAUUUUACUGAAAUGAUAAGAUCCUUGGGAUUCGUUAGACUUGUAUCCAUGGAAAAUUUUAGAACCCCUAACUUCAACUUGGUUGCUGAUAUACUAAUCUGGUUAAUAAAAAGGUUUGAUCCAGAAGCAAAUAUACAUGAAGAAUAUACAUCAGAGCAAGACAGAGUUCUUCUUGUAAGAUCAGCAGCAGAGUUUAUGGCUUUAAGAGCUAAUUUAAUUCUAAACACUAAACGCUUAUACCAGGCAGAUGGUUUCUCAGUUAAAGAAUUAUUAAAAAUUGCAACUCUUUUGUACCAAGCUCAACAAGCUAAUAUUGAUGAUGAACAAAAUUUAAAUAGACCUGCUACUGAUAUGAUCGACAUUAAUUCACAUAUUGAAGAAUUGAAGUUGUCAAGGGAACUUGCCACCCAAGUUACUACAAAAGGCGCAUCAAUCUAUGAAAGUUUGGGAAAGGAAGUUGAACUAAAAGAAGAAAGGUAUCAAAGUGUUAGUAAUUUUCUUGAAUUAAAUAAAGUUGAAAAGGCUUUAAAAGAGACAAAUUUUGCCACAAAACAGAAUAUAGAGAGUACAAAAGGAUUUAUAGAAAAUGUUGCAGCUACAGAAAAUAGUCUAGAUUCAAAAAUUGAAAAGAAAAAGAGUGAAUUAGAAAGGAAUCAGAAGAGACUUCAGACUUUAAAGAAAGUGAGACCAGCAUUUCUUGAAGAAUUUGAAAAGUUAGAAGUUGAUUUACAAAUGCUCUAUAAGGAUUACAUAAAUAAAACAAGAUGUUUAUGUUAUUUAGAACAAGUACAAGAAGAAAAUGCUAUUGCAGAACAAGAAAGAAUGUUUAAAAGACAGAGAGAAACUCGUAAAAUGAUGGAGGAAUUACAAUUAGAAGACGCAAGAAAGUUAAUGGAAGAUGAUGAAAGCCUUGAUGUUCUAGCUGAUAAUGUACCACAGAAAGCAGUUGGACGGUUAAGAACUGCAACAGCAGCUAGAGCGCGUCUUGCAACUGGGAGAAAAAAAGUAUACGGAGGAAUGAAUGCUGAUGAUGACAGUAACAGUUUAGAUUCUGAUUCAGAGUUCUUUUUAGAUGAUGUUGAUGGUGAAGAUUCAUCUAUCCUUGGAAGUAAUGAUGAUUUAAAAGGAAUAGCUUCUGAAUCGAAAUCUGACCAAAGUGACGACGAUUUCUGA